UCGGCGUCCAUGGUGGCGGCAGCAAUAUCGCCCAGCCUCUCUGUUUCCAAGUACAGCUUUGCUUUUCCGGCCAGCCGCCUUGGUGCCAAGGCGUCAAGGCAGUGCGAGGUGCGGUCCGAGAUGGAGGGGGUUUCAUCCAACCUGGGCCGUCUGCUCAAGCAGACCCGCCUGAGCGCGCAUCAUCCUUCGCAAGUAUAUGCUGCUGCUCCAGCCUUUGCAUCUCGAGGCGACUUUGGUUGGAAGAAACCACUGCCAGUCGGGAAUGAUCCGUCUUCCAGCCGUCCGUCGGCUGCGCUUGGCCGCUUGCGCUACUUGCAAGUUUCUCAGCAAGAAACACAUGAUGGCCAAAUGGAAUGGCGGGAAAACGAGAGAGAUCCCCUGUUCCGACAGCGAUGGUCUGAGAAAGGCGCUCGGUUAGCUGGCUUUCUCGAAACCCAGGCGAAGGAGAGCAGCACAACAGGAAACCAAGCGAGCUAUGCGGGGCGCCCUCGAGAAUCGCUUGGCCCGCGCAUCAGGACUGUGUUUGAUUCAGCCACCUACAGACUCCUGCCUUCCGAUAUUCCCAAGACCGUUGGGCCUCCUGAAGAAGCGGCGCCAGAGGACAAAGCUCGGUAUAAUGCACAGGAAAGGCAGUACGAUAAUCUCAGGUCAAAGUCACGCAUCGGCGCUUUCACUCCUCCGGGUCUCGAUGAUCCCUUUGGCUCAGCUUCAACUUCCUACAGUCGUCACCUUGAUCUCUUCCCCAACUACCGACAAAUGUCUGACAAGGAAUUCAAGCGCUUCCUUGGUGAUAUCAGGCAGGCCAGGCAUGGGCUCAAGCAAAAGCUUCAGAAACGAAUGGAAGACGGUGUCCGCAAUGCGAUUCUGCUCGACGCAAAGAGGGUUCGCGAGAGGACAAUUCAGCUUGCUGACGACGCUGCCUCAAGAGGUGCCACACCCCCUGAGAUUCCAGAUGUACUACGUCCAGAAGAUGUCAAGCUUCCAUCCGUCCGAGCAGAUAUGUGGGACGAAGCACGAACUCUCACAGGCAUGGACAUGACCAGGCAUCUGAAAGAGCGGCAUGUGCGCUUGGCCAGCACACCGUCAAAUAGGACUUUACCUCAGCCCACGCAAGUUACCCGCGUCCAUCCCUCUGGAGGCCUCCAAUACUCCCAGCCGGAUGAGCUAUACACCCAGAGACUCUCAGAAGCCCUACCCGGUCGCGUCAUUGUCCAGCCUCUACCGAGUGGGCACAAUCAGCAAUUCUCCAGCUUGAUGAGGAAGAACACACACUUGGGUGUCGCCUCCGGUGGUCACGUGGAACAAUUGCCCGCGGCUGUCAGGGACAAUCUCGUGCUGUACGAUCCAGCCCAGCCUAGCAAGAUCCGUGCCGAAUCAAAGUUCCGCGUCAUCUCUGCUACGAUGGAGUCGCGUCUGUGGAACAGGGGUCAAUUGCCUGCCGAGUCACUGCAGAGCUCCUACCUUGGCUACAUUCAAGCGAAAGUUCGUCCCUCAAACGAGACGGAGGAAGAGAGGCCACUACCGGGCUCUACCGCAUUCAUUGGGGCCAAGGAGCGUCCCAAAGAAAUCGAGGUGAAUCCAUCGCUCUUUUCGUCUCACCGGACGAAUUUUGGUCGGUCAGGCGCUCGAACAUCGAAGCCAUCCCCUUCCAUGCCGGCCGAUGGUAUCGCCGAGAAUCUCGGGCGUGUUGGUGUUGAGAGCAUGCUGCGCGGAGUGAGCCGGACUCUGGCUCAGCACCGCUCCCAAUAAAUGUCAAUGUAGGGUACAUGCGUGCAUCAUCUCUAGCAGUCUAUGUGUUCGUUGAUUUCUAUUAGUCGCCCAGUCUAUCUCGGUUGUCAUGGUCUCUUCGCUCCACAAGAACAGUAUGUAAGGCCCGUUUU